CUGAGUUGGAAGUAGCUGUGAAAUGCAUUAACAAGAAGAACCUUGCAAAAUCUCAAACUCUGCUGGGCAAGGAAAUAAAAAUACUUAAGGAAUUGAAACAUGAAAACAUCGUUGCCUUGUAUGACUUCCAGGAACUGGCAAAUUCUGUCUACUUGGUUAUGGAGUACUGUAAUGGUGGUGACCUGGCAGACUAUCUUCACACUAUGCGAACACUUAGUGAAGACACCAUCAGGCUCUUUCUCCAGCAGAUAGCAGGUGCCAUGAAAAUGCUGCACAGCAAAGGCAUCAUCCAUCGGGACCUGAAACCACAGAAUAUCCUCCUUUCCUACGCAGGAGGCAGGAAAUCAAAUCCCAACAACAUUCGCAUAAAGAUCGCUGACUUUGGAUUUGCCCGAUACCUGCAGAACAAUAUGAUGGCAGCGACAUUGUGCGGCUCACCAAUGUACAUGGCACCAGAAGUCAUUAUGUCUCAACACUACGAUGCCAAAGCUGACCUCUGGAGUAUAGGAACCAUCAUUUAUCAGUGUCUGACAGGAAAGGCUCCUUUUCAGGCCAGCAGCCCACAGGAUCUUCGUCUCUUCUAUGAGAAAAACAAGAUGCUGAUGCCGAACAUCCCCAGGGAGACAUCAAGCCACCUGAGGCAGCUGCUGCUGGGCCUUUUGCAGCGUAAUCAUAAGGACCGCAUGGACUUUGAUGAAUUUUUCCAUCACCCGUUCUUGGAUGCAAGUGCCUCUAUGAAAAAAUCUGCUUCCGUGCCAAUGCCUUCUUAUCCCAGUUCAGGCUCCGGUAGUUCCUCUAGCAGCUCUUCUACUUCCCACCUGGCAUCACCUCCCCAGUCCCUUGGAGAGAUGCAGCAGCAGCUGCAGGAGAAGGCGCUGGCAUCUCCUACCCAGGAUUCCCCUGGCUUUCUGCAUGGAUCCAAGGACUCCGCCGGAAGCAGCAGUAAGAAUUCGUCCUGUGACACAGAUGACUUCGUGAUGGUCCCAGCACAGUUCUCAAGUGAUUUAACUGCUGAGGCUGCAGGAGGGAAACCAAUCCAAGACAGUCUGAUGUACAGCGGGAGUUCUCUGGUGACUUCAGCAGGCUUGGAAAGCCAGGGAAGGACACCAUCUCCUUCACCUCCAUACAGCAGUUCUCCUAGCCCAUCCAGCCGGCCAGGUCAGUUUUCUAGCAGCAAGUACGGACACUCGGUGCCCAUUCCAGUCCCAACGCAAAUUCAUAACUACCGGCGGAUUGAGCAGAACCUGCAGUCUCCCAAUCAAUACGCCUCUCCACGGUCUGGUACAGUCCGGAGGUCUAGCAGUACAAGCCCUCUUGGUUUUCCUAAAACGGGUGCUUCCCCUCCUUAUCCUGGAGAGCAUGGAUCUGUGCCCAGCUCUAGAAAGCUCUCCUUUGGCGGUGCCAAGCCAUUUAUGCCAUCACCACAAGUUGGAACAAUCCCAGAGCAGCCCAGGCAGAGUGUUAUCCCCUCGUCUCUCGGAGCAGAAGUGAGAAGCCGGAUUCCUGUUGCUGGUUCCUCAGCGCCUGAACAUUCUCCUCGAGGGAUGGGCUCCCGGCUCCACAGUGCUCCCAACCUGUCAGAUUUUCAUUCCUGCAGGCAGAAGAUAACCAAGCAGCACUCUGAUCCUCUUGUUGCUCACUUCGGUCAUAACCCAGUCAGCCAGCCUCUGCAGAUUCAUGGCUUGCAGCACUGCCGGCAGCUCAGAUCCUCACCAAAGCUGUCCGAGUUCAUGCAGAGGAGCCCUUUGCCAACUAUAAUGGGCUCCCCUACAAAGGCUGUGUCCCCAUUUGAGUUUCCCAAAACCCCAAGUUCCCAGAAUCUCCUCACCCUCUUGGCCCAUCAGGGGGUCAUGAUGACUCCGACACGGAACAAGACCUUGCCAGAUCUGAAGGAGAUGGGUCAUUUCCACUGCCAGCAAACUGGCUUGGGAUUGAGGCCUGUGGAAGAGAUCAAGGGCAGAUCUCUGAGCACAGGCAGGCUCACUGACCUGCUUCUGAAGGCAGCCUUUGGAGCACAGAUCUCAGAAGCUGGCAGCAAUGACAGCCUGAACAAUGAGAAGCCAAUGGAAAUUGCAGCUCCCUCAGGUGCUUAUGGAGGGACCCUGCACUCUGGUGCCCGGGCUGGGGGCUCUGCCAGCCCAUCCCCAGUGAUUUUUACUGUCGGAUCCCCUCCCAGUGGAACAACCCCCCCACAGACCACGAGGACCAGGAUGUUUUCAGUGGGGUCUUCCAGCUCUCUCAGUUCUGGAGGCUCAUUCACCGGCAGGCACUUGGCAGUGGGAACUGGUGGGGAUGCUGUGGAAGGCCCCUCGAGUCUCCGGUACACUUUUGCUGAUCCGAUCACUGCCAACCUGGAAGGUGCUGUUACAUUUGAGGCACCAGAGUUGCCUGAAGAGACGCUCAUGGAGCAAGAGCACACCGACAUCCUGCGCAGCCUCCGCUUCACGCUGGCCUUUGUCCACUAUGUGAUGGAAAUCGCUGCCCUUAAAGGCAGCUCCAGUGAGAUGAGCAGUUCAGUGACAUCCGAGUACCAGCUCCAGGAGAGCGUGGUGGCUGACCAGAUCAGCCUCCUCAGCCGGGAGUGGAGCUAUGCAGAGCAGCUCGUGCUGUAUCUGAAAGUAGCAGAGCUUCUGUCCUCGGGGCUGCAGAUGGCCAUAGAGCAGAUCAAAGCGGGCAAGCUGUGCCUCUCCUCCACCGUCAAGCAAGUUGUGAAGAAGCUGAAUGAGCUUUAUAAAUCCAGUGUAUCGUCCUGCCACUGCCUCAACAUGAGACUCCAGAGGUUCUUCUUGGACAAACAGAAACUCAUGGAUCGGAUCAACAGCAUCACUGCAGAGAAGCUCAUCUUCAGCUAUGCUGUGCAAAUGGUGCAGUCUGCGGCCCUGGAUGAGAUGUUCCACCACAGAGAGGACUGUGCACAGAGGUACCACAAGGCUCUGCUGCUGAUGGAGGGGCUCCUGAACAUCAUCACUGAACAGGGGGACAUAGAAAACAUCAAUAAAUGUAAACUGUGCAUCGAACGCAGGCUGUCAGCUCUGCUGUCGGGGUUCUGUGCCUGAUUUCAGCGUUGUUGUUCUUCACGCACCUCGCCCCAGCUGAUCGCUUUGUUUCCAGCGGCCUGCUGCUGUGGUGGGAAACGAUUCUGGCAGUAGGAGACCUGGAGGAUGAACUGCUCAAUGUUUUGUCUUCUGACGUUUUGGGAAGUUGUUCCACAGACUCGGAUUCCUUUGUGGGGACGUGUGACUGCAGCAAGCACAAAUACUUCCCUGCCCAAAGGCCUGGGCGAAGGCAUAGCCGAUGUGGAAAGGUUCCCUCGUUGGCAGGGGGGAUGAAGGAUAGAGGUCUGCUUCUUCUCAGCACUUUGAAGGACAAGACUGCUGCCUAUCCCUCUUGCUUAAGAACAGGGUAUUCCAGUGCUCUGUCCAUUGCAGGCAAUGGAUGUGCUGAAACUGCUGGCUUCAGUUAGCGUUGGAGGGUGUCAUUCAGAAAUCAAGGCCAGUUUGUGUACUUUCCCCUACCCAGCUGAUAGCCAGGCAUCUUCCAGCUUCCCAGC